ACACUACGCUCACAUAAUACCGUACCAGCGACAACGUCACAUCCACACCAGUCAUGGCUAUGUUUGUGUUAGUCUUGCUACUUCUGUGUCCAGCUGCUUCUGGCGAAGACCUACAAGUGGAACUUGGACAGAAUGUCAAUUUGCCAUGUAAAACUAACAGUUCCCACAUCAGAGCUGUGGAGUGGACCAAAACUGACCUGGAGGAACCAGAGUACGUCCUCUUUUACAGAGAUGGACAUUUGGAUGGAGCCGACCAACAUUCAUCCUUUAAGGGCCGAGUGGAUUUGCUGGACAGACAGAUGAAGAAUGGUGACCUGACUCUGAGUCUGAGGAACGUGACCAGCACUGACACAGGAACAUAUGAAUGUCGAGUUUCAGCAGGUGGUUCAGGACGACGUAAAAGAGCCAAAAUCAAGGGUGAUCUGAUCAGUAGAGUCAAACUGGAACUUAAACAACAUCCAGACCAGAUAAACAAAACAGCUGAACCUGGAGAAAACAUCACUCUGCCAUGUCGAGCUCCCAGCAGCACCAACAUCACAGUUGUAGAGUGGAUCAGACCUGACCUGAGACCAGAAUAUGUCUUUGUGUAUCGGAGCAUGCAACAUGAUCCAGACAACCAGCAUGAGUUUUUUAAGGACCGGGUGGAGCUGGAGGACAGUGAGAUGAAGGACGGAAAUGUGUCUUUGGUUCUGAGGAAUGUGACGACUGGUGACAGAGGAACAUACGAGUGUCGUGUCGUCCAGGGAAAAACAACGCGCAGGAAGAGAUAUCUAAACAAUGAGCCCAUCAGCACCAUCUACCUGGAUGUUAAACUAGGUUCCACUGGAGGACAGACACAUGAAGAAGAAUCCCCACCCUCCUCCUCCUCCUGA